UUUCUCAGGUCGGCAACUGCUUUCAGUCGUCCAUUGCUAGUGUUUGUGGUUGGUGUUGGUGCUGCGAAGACUACUACCAAGUGUCAAGCGGAAAGGAUAUAGUGCGAAAGGCGUCAUCAUGUGGUGGAAGAAGCUCGGAGUUGCCUUGCUACUGGUGGUUGCCAGCAGUCAGUACGUGCAAUCGCAGCAAUCGAAGGUUCUGUGCUAUUACGAUGCAGCCAACUUCCUGAUCGAAGGAUUGGGAAAGGUCUCCCUCGCUGACAUUGACACUGCCCUGCCCUUCUGUACCCAUCUCGUAUACGGCUAUGCCGGGAUCGACGUUGAAACGAACAAAGCCGUCAGCCGUCAGCCGAACCUGGAUUUGGACACCGGCAAGGGCAACUAUCGUGCGGUAACGCAGCUGAAAACCAAAUACCCAUCGUUGAAGGUGCUGCUUGGCCUCGGUGGCUACAAGUUCUCCGAGCCAUCGAUCAAGUAUCUGACCCUGCUGGAGUCCGGUGCGGCUCGCAUUACCUUCAUCAACUCCGUCUACUCGCUGGUCAAGACGUACGGCUUCGAUGGCAUCGACCUGGAGUGGCAGUUCCCACAGAACAAGCCGAAGAAGGUCCGCUCGAAGGUUGGUAGCGUGUGGCACGGAUUCAAGAAGGUGUUCUCCGGCGACAGUGUGCUCGACGAGAAGGCCGACGAGCAUCGGGAGGAGUUUACGGCGCUGCUGCGUGAGCUGAAGAACGCAUUCCGUGCAGAUGGCUUCCAGCUGGGCAUCACCGUACUGCCGCACGUCAACUCGUCCAUCUUCAUGGACAUUCCGGCGAUCAUCAACUAUCUGGACUUUGUGAACAUUGCGGCGUACGAUCAGCAGACUCCGUUCCGUAACCCGAAGGAAGCGGAUCACGCUGCACCGUUGUACGAACUGAGCGAUCGCGUUCCCGGAAACAAUGUGGACGGGCUUGUUCGCCAGUGGCUCACGAGCAAUGCUCCAGCUUCGAAGCUGAUUGUGUCUAUCCCCACCUUCGGUCGUGGAUGGAAGCUGAACUCCGAUUCCGGCUUAACCGGUGUCCCUCCACUCACCGCAGAUGGUGCGAGCAGCCCUGGCCCACAGUUGCAAUCCGAAGGCUUCUACAGCUGGGCGGAGGUGUGCGCAAUGCUGCCCAAUCCGAGCAACACCGCACUGAAAGGAGCUGAGGCUCCACUGCGCAAGGUUGGUGAUCCGACCAAGCGCUUCGGUUCGUACGCAUACCGACUACCCGAUAGCAACGGUGAGCAUGGUGUGUGGAUGUCCUACGAAGAUCCCGACACGGCUGGCAACAAGGCGGGAUAUGUGAAGGCCAAAAGCCUUGGAGGAAUCGCCAUCUCCGAUCUUUCGUACGAUGAUUUCCGUGGUACCUGUGCUGGGGAAAAGUUCCCAAUCCUGCGUGCAGCCAAAUACCGACUGUAAAUGAGGUUGUUUCAAUGAAUUAAAACUAUUUUGUUCUUUGUACAUGUGGCGUGAUUAGAGUGUAAAGAAAAGCUUUGAAUAAAAAAAUAAAAACGACAUUUUAAUGAA